CACCACAGUACCUGCUCUCCUGACUCUGCCGGUGGACAAGGGGCCAAAGGGCAGCCAGAGUGGCCAGGCAGCCAGAGGGGUGACGUGUGUCUUGGGGCAGCUGUGGGUGGCUGCCUGAAUGCGGGAGGCUGCAGGAGACCCUCCCCUUCCGCUGCUGCUCGUCACCUGCUUCUCCUUCCUUUCUUGGUGUCCGUUUCUGGGCUGGCCACAAAGGUGUUGAUGCCCUUUCCUUCUCCUCCUCCUCUUCCUCAGAAGGAUGAUGGCCUUGCGCAAACACCUUGAGGCCCUGAGUGUCUUUCAGUGGGUGCUAACCUUCCUCUUCUUUGGUCUUUUCUUCACAUCUCUCCUCACCUACCUGCUCUUCACCUCCUACUGGUUCAUUACGGUCCUCUACUGCAUGUGGCGGAUUGCUGACCGGGAUACUCCAGAGCAAGGUGGCCGCCGAAGUGACUGGAUGAGGCGCUGGAGGAUCUGGCGCCUCCACCGGGACUACUUCCCCAUCAAGCUGGUGAAGACGGCUGAGCUGCCCCCGACCAGGAACUAUGUUCUGGGCUCCCACCCCCACGGCAUCAUCUGCGCCGGGGCCUUCUCCACCUUCUGCACUGAGGCCACCAGCUUCUCCCGCACCUUCCCCGGCCUUAAGGCCCAUCUGGCGUUACUUGCUGGCCUCUUCCACCUCCCUGUCUAUCGGGAGUACAUGAUGAGCUCAGGGAUGAUCCCUGUCAGCAAGCGGUCCCUGGACUUUGUGCUCCGAGGGGGCCCUGGCCAUGCCGUGGUCAUCGUUGUGGGUGGAGCAUCUGAAUCACUGGACUGCACCCCCGGGGAGCAGCGCGUCCAUCUUCAGGGGAGGCGAGGCUUCGUGCGCUUGGCGCUGCAGCAUGGGGCUGACCUGGUGCCCGUUUACUCUUUUGGGGAGAACAGCAUCUUCUGGCAGGUGCGCUUCCCAGAGAACAGCUGCCUCCGUCGGCUUCAGCUCCGCUUCAAGCAAUGGACCGGGUUUGCCCCCUGCCUUUUUGGGGGCCGAGACCUCUUCUGCAGCCGCUGGUGGGGGAUCCUGCCCCUGGCAGUGCCCAUCACUGUUGUGGUGGGGAAGCCGAUCCCAGUCCCGCGCCGCCCGAGCCCCACGGAAGAGGAGGUGGAGCACUUCCACCAGCAGUACGUCCAGGCCCUCCGGCAGCUUUUCGACGCCCACAAGGUCAGCUGCGGCCUCUCCCCCUCGGAGCAGCUGGUCAUCACCUAGCCCCCCCGCCCGCCGGAGCGGCAGCAGCCAGGGACAGAACAGCAGACAGCUUUUGAGCGAGUGAGGGGCUUCCCUGGGAGCGUCCCCCCAACCCCCCCCCCCGUGUCCAGCAAUAAAAUGACCUGGAGCCUUU